CGCACGUCACGGGCCGAUGUACGCCCAAGCUGAGGCCGUUCCUCUCGUCUUGCCCACAACCAAGAUGGCGGCCCCGGAAAAAAGGGAGCCGUUGCUAGUAGCGACGGAGGAAGCGUCGGGUUGGAGAAGGUGAAGCGGCCGCCCCUUCCGUGCCACCCUCGGCCAAGAUGGCGUCCCUCGUGCGGCGCAUGAUGCGGCUCUCCUUCCUAUUGCCGAGACCGCCGUCCGAGGGCGCCGGGCGCGCGCGAGGGGUGCGGGCGCUGAGGAGGACCCCCGUCCGCGUCCUCCCUCCCCGCGCGCAGGCGCAAGAGGCCGCGCCUAAGGCCCAGCAGCAGCAGCAGCAGCAGCAGGCCGGGCCCAGCAAGAAACCCCUCACCCGGGAGCGGGAAACGCCGGCGGAGGAGCCGCAGAAGGAGGCGGAGCUACGCUACGACCGGGCCUUCCCCGGCGACAAGAGGCUGAGCAAAGUGGUGACUAUCGCCAAGUCCAGGGCAUUCCGGGAGAAGCACGGGAAGAUCUUGCUGGAAGGCCGACGCCUUAUCACCGAUGCGUUGGCCGCUGGUGCCUCUCCCCAGACGCUCUUCUUCAGCGCCCUGGACCGCCUGCGGGAGCUGCCAGUGGGCAAGCUGAAAGGUGCCAGCCUCGUCAAGGUCAAGUUCGAAGACCUCCAGACCUGGUCUGACGUCAUCACCCCCCAGGGGGUGAUUGGCAUCUUUUCCAGACCAGAUUAUGCCAAAAUGACUUACCCAGAGGUUCAACAGAAGCAUCGGCUGCCCCUGUCUCUGAUCUGUGAUAAUGUCCGUGACCCAGGAAACCUAGGAACCAUUCUGAGGUCAGCAGCUGGUGUGGGCUGUGAGAGAGUCCUGCUUGUCAAAGGCUGCGUCGAUGCGUGGGAGCCCAAAGUACUCCGGGCAGGGAUGGGGGCUCACUUCCGCCUCCCCAUCAUCUCCAACCUGGACUGGGAGGUGGUUCCAAACUACCUGCUCCCAGACACGUGUGUGCACAUAGCAGACAGCACCAUGGAGCCCAGUCGUCGUGCCCAGGAGGAGCCCUCAGUGCCAACCAAGACCGCCUGGCCCUACGAGUCGAAGGCAUGGCUGGCCCAGGUCCAGGCCCGUUCGGGUUCUAACGCGGACCUCAAGGAGCAGGAGACACAGCCCGACCCACUGGAAGUCCAGCAUUACUACGAGCCAUGGAUGGAAGUUGCCGUGGCUUUGGUGAUCGGCGGUGAGACCCACGGCGUGAGCGUAGAAGCCAGGCAGCUGGCAGGCAGCAGGGGCGGGCGGCGGCUGCUCAUUCCCGUGGUGCCCGGCUUGGAGAGUCUGAAUGCCGCCAUGGCUGCCAGCAUCUUGCUUUUCGAAGGCAAAAGGCAGCUGCGCCAAGGGGAGGAAACUGCAAGCCGCGCGGCGCCAGCUUGGCCAUAGCCGUUGAGAACCGGACGCCUGCCAGGCAGGGUAGCUUUAACCCUGCCUUUCUUCGGAGCUACACACCAUCCCUUCUGGCUAAAGCGGUAGCCCACUGUGCCGCCCUGAAAAGAGAGCAGAUGCUUCCGGCAAAGAGAAGUGGAUGUGGCUCAGAAAGGAUAUUUGCCAUUAUGCGGUCUUUCAGGACAAUAAUGAAAUCUUUCAGCGCAAAGAUAUGCAAGAGUAUUGCAGGGAUAGUGAGUGUAGUCGAAACUUUUAGGCUUAUGGGUAAACUCUAUGCUCUUCUGUUUCAGAAUGCAGAGUAUUAUGUAUGGCAGUGGCAUACCACUAAUGGGGACAUGGGGUAUCCCAUGUCCCCGGGCACACACUGUUGACCCCCCCGGGAGGGCAGGAGCCAGCCUACAGGGAGGCCGAUGGUACGGCGCGGUGGCGGGCAGGCCAGAAGCCUUCGACUAAUAAAGUACGUGUUUACUUGUGAAUAAAGUUACCUCCACGAAAGAGAAAGCGCAAAGGGGGGAGGAGUGAGGAAAAACA